AUGUUCAACACAAAGUAUUUCUUGUUCUUCUUUGCUGCCUUGUUGGUCAUUGCCUCGGCUCAAGACCACCGUUGCUCAAACACCCCAGGUUACCAAUCAUGGUUCCAAAUGACCUCCUUCAAUGCCAUGUUCCCAUCUGGCUCUGGCUCGAACGUUGCACUCUCAUUCUUUGAGGAGGGUAACUCAACUAUUGACUUCCAUGGACAGAGAGAGAGAAGCGACUACAGGAUCGUGAUGACUGAGGGUGUUGUUGAGGGUUCAAUCUGGUUGUUUGGAAAGACUAGCGAGAUGUACGUUCUCCAGGCUGGUCAGUGCACCAAGAUGCCACUGAACUUCCCAGUGCCAGACGGAUUCCCCAUCGGACCAAACAACUACAUUGGCAACACCAGACUCGGCCAGUUCUUUGUCGAGGCCUACUUCCUCACCGACCAAUCGCCAUCGACCGCCCUCAACCAGACCAUCUACUACGACGAGAAGUCCUGCUCGGUCGUCUCCUCGUUUGCCGUCAAUGCCGACCCCGCCACCCCAGGCAACAGCAUCAUGAACUUCUUCAACUUUGAGGACCGUUUCCACGAGUCUUCAUUCGAUCUCCCAGCCGCCUGCACCCAGACCCGCGCUGUCCUCCACCGCAGACACCAGCAGAUCGUCCUCCCCAACCACAUCCACAUGCUCUUUGGUGCUAGAUUCUAA